AUGGACCUGAAUGACCAGCUGGACAUAUAUUGUUCAUAUAAUGCACAAGGCACUCCUCUGAGACCUAAUGGAAAAGAAAGUGAUUGUUCUUGGAACCAGACAAGACAAUGGCACCUCCUUCAUCAACCUUCACAUCUUCCUCUGGAUUUAUUUAGCUGCUGUGCUAAAUGCUUGAUCUUUGUCUGGAACAUAGCCUUCUCCGUUAUAGGAUUAUUCGUUUUGGCCCUAGGAAUUUGGGGGCUCUCAGAGAAGGAAUCACUAGAAAGUGAGCGAAUAACAUACUUGGGCAGUGACCCCAUGCUUUUUUUUGUAUUAGUGGGGUUAGUAGCUACUUCUAUAUCCCUUUUGGGCUGUACUGGAGCCCGCUUUGAAAACAUCUUUCUACUGAAGCUUUUUACUGGAGGAAUAAUAACCUUUGUGAUUUUGGAAGUUUUCAGUGGAAUUAUUCUCUUUUUUCUGAGUGACCACAUCAAAGCCUCCUUGCAAAAUUUUCUUAUGGUGGCAAUGUUACGCUACCAGGAUGACCCAGAUCUCCAAUUCAUUAUGGAUGAAAUUCAAGCAGGCCUCCAGUGCUGUGGAGUAGAGUCUUAUCUAGACUGGAAAACAAAUUUGUAUUUUAACUGCAGUUCUCCAGGUGUGCAAGCCUGUAGUGUUCCUGCAUCAUGUUGUCUGGAUCCACUGGAAAAUGGUACCAUCCUGAAUUCUCAGUGUGGCUUUGGCACCCUGAGCCUGGAGGAGUUUGCAGUUCAGAGCACCAUCUAUCUGGGAGGCUGUGUUCCCCAGUUAAGCAGAUGGCUCAAUAGUCACACAGGAAUAAUAGGCUUCUUUGCUGUAGUUUUGAUUGUGAUUGAAGGAGGUAGCUUGUUUCUGGCCACUAAGCUCCUGGCAGGCAUUGCUUCUGCUCGGACUCAGCAUUAUAGUGGGAAGGAGGGCAUGCAUUAGCUCUCCUAUUGCUAGAGAUGGAUUUUCUCAUAAUCUUUUGAGGAGUGUAAAUCUAAAGUGUUACAUAAUUCCUUUUAUACUAGUUAAUUUAUCCUGGAUAAAAUAGAUAUUUGUUUUGUAGGAGAAACCAAAAGCUGCUUUUCCCAUGUAUUUAUCUUGCUCAUUCUCCUGCUCCCCUCCAUUGCCCUGAUAAUUCCUGCCACUUCUUCA